AUGGUCAUUGCACUGCUGGGCGUCUUUUUCUGGCUAUUCCUCUACACUGCCACUUCCAGUUACUCACAGUUCAAAUACGCCAUCACCAUUGAUGCUGGCUCGACGCACAGUAAGGCGAUUCUUUUCAAGUGGAAAGUCGAGAAGUUAAAUGACACUGGGCUGAUAAAGCAGGUGCGCACGUGUGACAUCAAACCGGGCAUAUCGUCCUUCACGGGAGAUCAGCUGGAGAAGGCGGCUGAUGGCCUGAUGGAGUGCAUCCACCAACUGGCCGAACACUUUGACAGUGCCACCUCACUGGAGCACGCCUUUGUCUACCUGGGCGCAACGGCAGGCAUGCGAAUGCUAAACCUCUCAGACUCUCAAACCAGUGCCAAUCUUUUUCAGUCAAUUCGAAAACGUUUUGUAGACUCUGGUCUGCAGACAAAACGAGUCUCCAUAAUCACCGGCAAAGAAGAGGGACUCUUUGCAUGGGUGGCAGUCAACUACUUGUCGGGCACUUUCUUUGACCACAUCAAGGGGGUCAACUCGGGAAAUCGCACCUUUGGUGUGUUGGACAUGGGCGGUGCCUCGGCGCAAAUAGCACAGCAAAUUAGCAGCAACCUCAGCGGCAGUGGUGAUGAGACGAAUGAUUAUGUGCACAUUCGCCUGUACGGCACCAACUACACCGUACACACGUACAGCAACUUCUGCUUCGGCACUGAGCAGGCACUGAGAAGGUACUACAAAAUCACUCGCAGCAAACAUAUCAUCACCGACAAAAGCAAGUCUACGCAAAUUGAAGCGCCCUGUUUGCCGAGAGGAGAGACACUUCCAUUGGACUCACUCGAAGUGGACAAUGUCUGCACUGCGGACAAGAGUGCAAAGUCAGCAGCAACAGAUUCGGCGGCAGAGCAGCACAAAAUUGAGCUGGUGGGCACGAGUGACUUUGACAAGUGCCAAGAGGUGGUCAAUGAGAUAUUAGAUCCGCAGACAUGUGAAACAAAUUUUCAUUACUGCUUCAAAGAGUCGAGUCACCCCAAGGAAAGUACAUUCUUUGCCAUCUCUGCGUACUACUACCUGACAGAUGUACUUAAGUUGAAGAAUGAAUUUUCAAACAUUGACUUUUACCAGUUCUUGAAUGCCACUCGCCAUAUGUGCGAGCGUUCAAGUGCCGAACUGAAGGCAAUGCCAGGACUGAAUGAAAAGUACCUCAACAAGUACUGCUUUCAAUUGAUUUAUCUUCAUAGCACGCUGACCAAAGUGUAUCAUUUUGACGAGAAAACGUGGUCAAACUUGAGGAGUAACUUGGAAGAUUUUCCACGUUCGGAUGGAGCAAAGCCGACUUUUGAGACUCGGAAAACUCCGGUUCGAGUUGAAAAAGAUGAUCAGCUUUUCAAAAGAAAGAAACCGGAAAAUAACAAACAAUUUGGCAAACAAAAUAAAAAGAAACAUCAAGCCAGGAAAAAUGAAUCAAUCGCUCCUGCUCCGGCAAAACUUAGCAAAGUGGUCAUUGAGAAUAUGACUUUAUCACGGCUCGUUGAAGGUUUAACAAUCUACGGGUGCAUUUUGGAGAUUGAUGAAUUCGAACUAAAGUUUUCCGUGACUGGUGGAGUUGUCAUCAAAGUUCCCAUCAUGAAUAUAUCUUCUCCGUAUGCUAAGCUGAUUGAAGAUUUUGCCAACGAUUCCUCUUCUGAUACGCCUGAAAUUGCCAAACUCAGUGCUCUUUUUCAAAUCGGCGACUACUAUCCAGUCAAAAUUUUAUCCAAAAAAGUCUGUGAUCAGUUUGGUCACACUGAAAUCAUCGGCUCUAUCAAUCCAAAAGAUAUCUACAGCAAUUUCUCAGCAAAAACAGUAAACAACCUUCAUGAUGGCUACAAUCUGCUUGCAGCUGUUUCAAGCCUUGAGGAUUACGGCUACGAAAUGGACAUUGGCGUUAACGGAGUAAAGGCGUUCUUGCCACUUGAAGACUUAAAGAAGAGUGGUUGCCAGACUAAACUGAACAUCGGCCAGCUGAUGCCCUGCUCGCUGCUGCGAAAAAAUGAACGCAGUAUUCUUUUGACAACAAACAAAAAACUGGCCAACAGCUCAAUUGAACUCACUGACGAGCCUUCCAUCUACUCGUACGUGCCAGGAACUCGCGUCAAAUGCAUCAUAACUGAGAUUCGGCCAUCAGGCCUGGAAAUUAGCUUGCCCGGGGGCUACAGUGGAUUUGUGCCUCGCUAUCACAUUAGCGAUGACAUUAUGACAUUGCCAAAUAAGUUUACCGUCGGAGAUGCCGUCGAUGGUCAUGUGCUCUACAUGCAACCUCAUACCAAGCAGGUGUGCGUUUCCUUAAAGUCAAAACUUAGCAAGAAGUUGGUGAAAACCCUGGUAAAUACAAUUCAGCUGGGCCUCAUCAUCAAAGGAGCUGUCAUCUGCGGUGUCGGAGAGUUUGGUCGUGUUCUUUUCAAAUUACCAUCAAAUAGCUAUGCUGUUUCACUGAGAAAGAAUCUGUGCGAGCCUACGGAAUAUGAAACAUUGAAGCUGAACGGCCAGUUCGCAGUUGGAACGUCGCAUCUUUGUCGCGUGAAAAAGUUCCACCUGUUUGACAACUUGAUUGAGAUUUCACUUAGGAAAUCCUUCAUCGAAGGAAAUGAUCUUUCGCCCAGUGAUCUUGCAGUCGGUGCAAUUGUGGAGGGAACAGUGAAGAAGUUUAAAGAAAACGGCAUCUACGUUCGUCUUGGCUUUGGCCUCAACGGUUUCAUACCCAACAUGCACCUCACUGAUGCACCUUUCGUCAACUUGGCUAAGAAUCGCGAAAAGAUGUUUGCUGAAAAGAAAACGCUCAAAUGCCGAAUAACUCGACUUGACACCACCACCAAAGUGCCGAAAAUUUCACUUACAAUCAAGAAGUCAUUGCUCGCAUUGAAAGAGACGGAUAUUUUCUCUGAUUUUAGUGAUAUCAAACCUGGCAUGUCUUCCACUGGAGUAGCCUGCCUGAUCAACUCAAAGGGCGUUCUUUUGGAAUUUUUCGGCCAUGUCGCUGGUUUUAUUCCACUCAAGUAUCUAGCCACUUACCAGAUUGAUCAUCCUGAAAAAGUAUUCUCCAUCGGUCAGCUUAUCAAAUGUACAGUCGUUUCAGUUGAUGUACGCGCCCAGCGUAUGGUCUGCUCUUUAAUCGACAUCAAUGAGACAAAGAAGCUAAAACUUAACACUGAUUUGACUGAGAAAAAGCUUUUAAAUUCCAGUCUGCAAGUGGGCCAGAUUCUUCGAAAGCUUAAAAUCAUCACAAAAACGGCAAACAAAGGCCUCGACCUCACCAACGAUAAGCAGAAUAUUCAGGUUUUUCUCUCUUUGGCUCAUCUUUCUGACAAUACCUACCUGAGUCGCCUGCUCUUUACUGGACUCAAAGUUGGCGACGUAAUCGAUCAAGUGAUGGUAUUCUCAGUUGACUCGGCCAACGUUGUGACUGUUACUCGGAAAAGUUCGUUUAUUGCCAGCAAGGAUUGCCUUGUGACAUCGGAGGAUGAUAUUCAACUGAAGCAGCCGUUUCCAGCUGUUGUCCGAAAUGUCACCCACAAUGGCAUCUUCUUUGAAACUCCGAACGCUCAUUUUGGCGUGAUUCGUCGCAAGUUUAUUCAAGAUGGAUUUUAUGAAGAGCCGCAUAAACUUGGCCUCAUUCGGGGGCAAACCAUCUUUGUGACUGCUUUCGACCAUGUGAUUCAUUCUGAAGAGGAAAACGAUAAGGAAGAGAAUGAGCACCAAAACGAAGGCAAUCAACUCAAGCGGUUUAAGUUUUCAAUGCGACUCUCUGACGUUUGGGACCGCGAGUCAGAGGCACAAGUGACAUUAAUGAAAAAUUACCUAGUGGACUACUCGCUGGCUCUGCAGCGUUUUAAAGCCAAAGCCGCUACUGUCACCGAGAACUCGUCAACUGUGCCGGAGAAUUCCUUUCACGCAGUAAUGAACAAAUUUAUUUCUUACUCAAUCGGCCAAGUAGUGACGUACGUCGUCACGAGCAUCACCGAUGAGCAUAUCGAAGUUAAGAUCAGCCUGACGGGAAGCAAAAACGAGAGCACCGUGUCUGGCCUGGCGGUGAAGUACACUGACUUCAGUGACCUCAGUGUGUCGCACAUGGGGAAUGCCGUCGUCUGUGACUACGACUUUGACAGAAAGGCUCUCCUCGUCUUCAUUCAGCCGCAGCCUGCCAAAAUCGUACGCCAGGUGAGGAAUUCGCAGAAAUCGAACAGCUUUGUGAAGAACAUCAAGAUAGGCCAGCUGAUCAAGGGAACGGUUAUCUACUGUGGACAGCGCUACGUGCUUGCGUCGCUCGGUGGCCAUGCCCCGGGCGUCAUUGCGUACAUCCCUUCCAGGCGCCAUCAAAACGAUCUCAGUCAGAUUGAGACGCUCUUCACAGUGGGGGAGGACUACCACUUCUCGGUGAUGCACACUGACGACACCGGUCGUGUGAUUGCUAUUUUGAAUACUGACGGCAAAAAAUCUUCCAAGUCAAAAGGAGCUCAGAAGGAAACAGUAGCAAGCAAGAGCAGUAAGAAGGCAAAAACUGAAACGGUGAAAGAGGACUUGAAGAAAGUUGCAACGGCUGAAAUCGUCAGUCUUGUUUCGGCAACAACAACAGGUCGCAAGUGCAACCCAAGCAAGGACGCCAAAGAAGCAAGUCAGAACGACUUUCAGUGGGAUAUUCCUGAUCUGACUCCUAAUCUGAAUAAGAAGCGCAAAAAUGCCGCUGCAAGCGAUUCUCUGAAUGAAGGAGAAGAUUGGGACAAGCUGCUCUCUGAUAGUGAUUCAGAUGAGGAGGCAAAGGGCAAAAAGAGGCGAAAGACGAGGGAGGAAAGAGGUGAUGAGGCCCGUCAGAGAGAAUCGGAGCUGAGGCAGAAGGAGAUUGAGCUCAGCAACACCGAGCGAACUCCAAAGGACAAAAAUGACUUUGAAAUGGCUGUUCUGGCAUCUCCAAACAGUUCUCUCGUUUGGCUAAAGUACAUGUCCUUUUACCUGGAAAAGGGCGACAUUGCUCAAGCGAGAGCCAUCGCUGAACGUGCUUUGGAGCGCAUUUCAUUUAGGGAAGAAAAGGAGAAGCUGAACGUGUGGAUCGGCUUGAUGAAUCUGGAGAACACGUACGGUGAUCAGGCGAGUAUGGACGCACUCGUGGAGAGGGCGAUCAAGUACAACGACCCGAAAACGAUCUACCUUCAGCUGGCGAGCAUCUACGACAGCUCUAACAAGAAGGAAAAGGCCGAACAGACGUACCACUUGACGCUUAAAAAGUUCAAGCAGGACAAGUCGACAUUGAUGGAGUUUCUCGUUUUCUACAUGAGCAACGAACGACUAGAGUCUGCACGCAAGCUCUUUCAGAAGUCGCUGCUCACGCUGGAGAAGCGCGAUCACGUGGAUGUCAUUUCCAAGUUUGCACAACUUGAGUUUCGCUACGGAGACAGCGAAAAGGCGAAGACGAUCUUUGAGUCGAUGCUGGCCACCUACUGGAAGCGUCUCGACCAGUGGUCUAUCUACAUUGACAUGCUGGUGAAGUACACUCUGGAGGAGAGCAACCUUGACUCGGUCGAGUUUGUGCGCAACAUUUUCGAGCGCCUGAUCACUUUCAAGCUGCCGCCGCAGAAGAUGAAGUUCAUCUUCAAGAAGUACUAUGACUUUGAGGCAAAGUUCUCUUCUGAGAACUCGGACAAUCUCGACCGAAUCAAGCAGAAGGCCUUAGAGUACAUUGAGAGUGACAUAUUUUGA